AUGCAGGAGUCCGAGAAGACGAUGUGCGACUCAGAGCCCCUGCAAAAUGGAGAGGCCAUGAGUCCGGAGACGCAGGACUCCAAAGGACCGCUGGUGGACGAGGAGAACCAGGGAGCAGUCCCGUCGGCGCCGCCGCUGCCCCAGGAGCCUCCUCCGUGUCCGAGGCCCAAACUGGUGUUUCACACACAGCUGGCGCACGGGAGCCCGACGGGACGCAUUCACAGCUUCACCAAUGUCAAGGAGCUUUACGCCAGGAUCGCAGAGGUCUUCAACAUCUCCGCUUCUGAGAUCCUCUUCUGCACGCUGAACUCGCACAAAGUGGACAUGCAGAAGCUGCUGGGCGGCCAGAUCGGUCUGGAGGACUUCAUCUUCGCGCACGUGAGGGGAGAAACCAAAGAGGUGGAAGUGGUUAAGACCGAGGACGCGCUCGGCCUGACCAUCACCGACAACGGCGCGGGAUACGCCUUCAUCAAAAGGAUAAAGGAAGGCAGCACCGUUGACCGAAUAAAGACGGUGUGUGUCGGCGAUCACAUCGAGGCCAUUAAUGACCAGAGCAUUGUGGGAUGUCGGCAUUAUGAAGUGGCCAAGAUGCUGAAGGAGCAGCUGAGAGGAGCACCAUUCACCCUGCGCCUGGUCGAGCCCAAGAAAGCCUUCGACAUGAUAGGCCAGAGGACGCGAGCACCAAAGUCCAGCGAGGGAAAGAUGGUGAGCGGGAAAGAGACGCUGCGGCUGCGCUCCAAAGGAUCGGCCACGCUGGAGGAAAUCCCCGAUGAGUUCGAAGACAAGGCCAUCGAGAAGGUCGACGACCUGCUGGAGAGUUACAUGGGGAUUCGGGACCUCGAGCUCGCGACUACCAUCGUGGAGGCCGGGAAGAACAAGAAGAGCACAGAUGAUUUCGCCGAGGCGCUCGACUCUGUUCUGGGUGACUUCGGCUUUCCUGACGUCUUUCUAUUCGAUGUUUGGGAGGCUAUGGGAGACGUAAAGAAUGGACGCAUUUAGAGAGUACAUCAGACAUCUGAGAGACAUUCGGCUUGAUAUGUGACGUCUGUCAUCUGUUUUCAUAUACACAAUCCUCCCAAUUCCCAUGCUGGUCCCGAGGAACGGAGAACGUCAAGGUAUUAGCGGCUAAUCGGCGCGCUAACGGAAACAUUCAAGUGUGUAAAGCAGUAUAAAGUAGGUCAAACUGUAUUUCCCACCAAAGUGUACAGCUAACAACGGCGUAAACCAGUCUUUUAACAUGUUUUACGUGAUUAAUUUGACUUUUAGAAGUAUUAUGAUCAAAUAUAUGUUAGCUUAGCUUAGCAUUAGCCUAGCCUCUGUUUGUUUUGCAUGAAUAUAUCGUGUUACAGGUGAAAUGAAUGGUCUUUUAUGAUUAAUGACAGAUCAUGUGACACGAUUAGCUUGUGUAUAUAAAAAUAAUCAAAUAUUUAAUCAGUUCUACGCACACAUUCGAUGUGUAUUUAACUUAAUCUACUACACGAUUGUACGUUCCCGUUUUAGAUGACCUGAUGUGACACAUUUGAAUAUGUGUGAAGAUUAAAAACAUACCACAAAUGGA